AUGCCGCUGUUCCUCGCGAACCUGGCAAUGUCCAGCUACUUCCUGGCGCUAUGCUACGUGCUUCUCACCGCCAUGGCGGUCAAUAAGUACCUAGAGGUGCGGGGUGUGCUCAAGCGCCUUCAGCACACGACGUGGAGCACUGUACAGCUGCUGAUCCUGAGCUUGGCCCUGGGCUCCUUCUUCCGAUCAGCCACCUUCUCCACACUCUGUAUCCUAGACUCCCAAGCGACCGCGGAUCUCCCGACUGGUAUCUCUGGUAGAAACCCGUGGAUGCGUGGGGGAUUACCGCCUCAUUUCGGAGGAGAAGACGCAGAGGACACAGAUGGAGAUUCAGCAGGGAGCCAUGCACAGGCGGAGCUGGACUUCUACAACAAAGUUGUGGCCGUGCUGUUCAAUCUGCCGGAUUUCCUCUUCGUUUCAUCUUAUUUACUGCUCGUACUGGUGUGGGCUGAAGCAUUUCAGUCGUCGCGCCGUCAUUGGUUUUCUGCGGCGGUGUUUAGACGGAAGUGGAUGAUUUUUUACUUGGUUUUCAACGGAGGGCUGUACUUGACACAGUUGGUGCUGUAUGCCAGUCUGUUCCUGUAUGAUACAAAUGGGAUCUUUGAUGACGAGAAGCAAGAUCGUCUUAGUGUGAUCCCCGCAAUGAUCUUCUACUUGGUCGCGGCGGCAGACUUGUUCCUCCCAAUCAUCAUCUUCUCGACGUGGCUGUACCUGACACUGUCACUGUCGGGAUUUCCAUUUAAGUCGCAAUCGGCCCAGCUUCGUCUUCAACGUGUUGGCCGGCUUGUCAUGGCCUGGAGCUUCGGACGCAUCUUGUACAGUGUAAUGACGUUGCUCACAUUUACCAAGGGCUGGUUCAAUGUGCACCGCGAGAACGCUUCGACACAGGCAAUGCUGCUCGUAGUUGUGUUUAUUGCAGCUGAGCUGAUACCAAUCUAUUUGACCCUCGACAAACGUUUGCUUGCGAUGCUGUCGGUGGAGAAUUACGAGCCACUCCUAGAGAACUCGGAAUUCUACCGCUAG